UGUCUGCUGCAUCUGCAUGUGAAGAAGAAUCCGGGCUGUCUUACUUUGUUAGGCAGCAGUUGUGAAGCUGUAUUCUCCCAUAGACUCAAUACUUUGACUAAAUCCAGAGAGACUGUACACACACAUUGUGUGAUCACUGUGACGUGAUAACGGGGGAAACAUAGGGAGUGUGUCCUCAGUGAGGGACAGAGAGACAACGGAGACAAGAUGAGUGGAGCCGCUGUGGACACCAGGACGCUCUGUCUCUUCGAUGUAGACGGCACUCUGACGGCCGCGAGACAGCGUGUGACUCCAAACAUGACAGAAUUCCUUGAGAAGCUGAGGACUCGACUUCGAGUCGGAGUGGUUGGAGGGUCUGACCUGUGUAAGAUCAAAGAACAGCUGGGAGAUGAUGUGAUCCAGAGAGUGGACUAUGUAUUUGCUGAGAACGGUCUUGUGGCCUAUAAGAAUGGCCAGUUACUUGCUGUCCAGUCCAUCCAGGAACAUAUGGGAGAAGAGCUGCUCCAAGAUUUCAUUAACUUCUGUCUUAACUACAUGGCCAACAUUAAACUGCCUAAGAAGAGGGGGACAUUCAUUGAGUUCCGUAACGGCAUGUUGAACAUCUGCCCUGUUGGACGCAGCUGUACCAAGGAAGAAAGGAACGAGUUCUACGAGCUAGAUAAGAAAGAGAAAAUUAGAGAGACGUUUGUGUCCAUAUUAAGGGAAGAGUUCAAAGGAAAAGGAUUGACAUUUUCAAUUGGAGGGCAGAUCAGCUUUGAUGUGUUUCCUGAUGGCUGGGAUAAGAGAUUCUGUCUUGGGUUUGUUGAGAAGGACAACUAUUCAACUAUUCACUUCUUUGGGGACAAGACCAAACCUGGAGGAAAUGACUAUGAGAUCUACUCGGACCCUCGGACCAUCGGCCAUGAAGUCUCCUGUCCAGAGGAAACACAACAACUUUGUCAGCAGCUUUUCUUCUCAUGAGGGAGAAGCAGGAUCUGUGGUUGGAUGCUCAAAUUGUUUGUAUCAGAGAAGAGAUUUCUAGGUCUUAUUGAUCCGUCAAGAUCUUGUCUUGAUGGAGGUUUAAUUAAAAUAAUAAUUAAAUGCAUAAACUACCA